GCCCUAAACAUGACAGUAUGGUUGUUUUAAUGGACUCACCAUAACCCACUACAAUCGUACAGGUUCACAGACGCUUGGAUUUAGUGACUCUGCCGCACGGUUGGCCUACUUAAUUAGAUGAGGUAGUUACGGAAAGUUCAAUGCCAGGGGUCUACACCACACUCGGCGAGCGCUGGCCUUAUGACCACAGGAUAUAUAAAGCUAGAAUUUCUCUUCUGCCUAAUGGUAUUAUCAAUUUGAACUGAUCCAUUCAAACUCAUCCAUUUAAACUCACCUUCUCCAACCAAAUGCAAGUUCUCAACCGCCUUACGUUGGCAUUCAUUGCCCUCGCCCCUGUCGCAUCAGCUCUCCAAGCGUCCAACUUCAAUGUCUCUGCCGAAGUUGCUGAAGCGAGUGGUUGCGGGUCAGAAUGCUACAGGAUCAUGCAGAUCGCGAACCAGGCCGACCUGGCCACAGUCAAUACAAAUUACGGCUUUGAUUUUGAUUUUUACGCCACGGCGAGCAACUUCUCAGUGUCAUCACCGGGUGACCUCUUGAAGCUACAGCCCCUCGAUCCCGCAUCUCAUGAUACAACAGACGGAACGACAGCCUAUCGAUUCCAGUAUACGUCUAAAGACCUUGACGAUACCAUUGUCCCGGUCACAGGCUUUAUUGCUUUUCCAUGGACCCCCCUCACUCACGAUCAGAAGUUCCCUCUCGUCGCAUACGCUCACGGAACAAUCGGGGUUUACCGAGGUUGCGCGCCAUCCGCGGGCCCUGCUCUGUUCGACUACGGUACCUGGGCUCCCAUCGUUAGCAGAGGCUAUGCUGUCGUUGCAACGGAUUACGCUGGGCUUGGAAACAACUACACUACGCAUAAGUAUUGCAGCUUUCCUGCCCACGUCAACGACCUUUACUAUUCUGUCAUUGCCGCUCGGAAGGCAUUUGGACAUAUCCUUUCCGAGGAGUGGAUGUCUGUGGGCCACUCCCAGGGCGGCGGCGCCGUGUGGAAGUUGGCUGAGAGCAAAUUUGUGCAAACCGCUGUCAAUGGUGCCGGGCGGUACCUUGGUACCGUCGCUAUUAGCCCUGCAACGAGGAUCCUCGAUAUGUACAGGGAAUACGCCAGAGAGUUAAGUGCAAAUACCUCCAAAUUCCGGCCUUAUGUUAUUGCAGCAGAGUUACCCUCUUUCUCGAUUGGAUUAAGCCGCGUUCUGCCGAAUUACGACUUCGGGAUGCUUGGCAAAACCCUUAAGCAGCGUUUGGGCCUCAUGGACGAGGCACAGUCCUGCACUAAUGCAAUGAUGGGAAUGACGUUAGAUCUGAAUAUCGAGGAUCUCAUUAAUCCUGAAGGUGGCGAAGACGAAAGGAUCCAAAAGUGGCAACAAGACACGGCCCCGGGAUCCGGGCGAUCGCAACAGCCCUUAUUGGUCAUCCAAGGACUCGGUGAUACAGGCAUUCUGCCUAGCAUUACAAGAAAGACUUGGGAAAGGUCUUGUAGAAACGGUAAUGAGGUUCAUUUGAGAGAGUAUGAUGGAGUUGAACACUCGCCCACCCCACCUACGUCGGCCCCAGAGUGGUUGGCGUGGAUGGGGGAGAUUUUUGCAGGAAAAAAUAGUUCUUGUGGUUGCGACCUGACGAAGAGGUCAUCAAUGGACAUGGCCCAUGUUAAGUCGCCUCCCGAGUUUGAUUAUGCGGAACUAGGUAUAACUUUCCCAACCAAUUGAGGUUGUCGAGAUGUCGG